CAUCAAUAAGAAUCCAGAUCGAUAAGAAAAAAAAAAUAAUAUUUGCGACGAAGUCAACUUAACAGCACGAAAGUAUUCGGCUUUCUUAAGGACAUAUAACUACAAUAUGGCCCCGUACGAUAGCGAUUCGUCUGCUGGCGAAGAGGAUGAUUUUACCGAGACCAACGUGCUUCUCGGAUAUGCAUCAAGAGACGCCGGCGAUGAUUUUAUAAGUCGAUUAGGUGGCCGUCCGGAAUGGUUGGACCCGAACAAUGCGCCAUCAGCUGCUCUCGCAAGAUGCAAAAUAUGCAAGGAUCUUAUGGUCCUACUCCUACAGCUAGACGGCGGACUACCGGAUCGCUUCCCCGGCCAUGAGCGCCGACUAUACGUCUUCUCUUGCCGGCGGAAGACAUGUCGUCGAAAAGAGGGCAGCAUCCGCGCUCUACGGAGCGUGCGCAUAGCUCCUGGAAGCGCAACCGCAGCUGUUACAACUACAACGAAGGAAGAGAAGACGAAGCUGAAAGAAGAAAAGCCAAAAUCACAACCACCAUCCAACCUAGGGGAGACGCUCUUUGGCGCUCAGACGCUUGGCUCCCCAUUCGGUUCCACCAACCCGUUUUCCACAUCUACCACACCCUCACCCGGCGGUAAUCCAUUCGCUACCAGCGGAAACCCCUUCAGCAAUCCCUCCUCCCCGCCUCCACCUGCUACGGGGACAGCCCUCGAACCCAAGCCAGAACCCUCCGCGCCAUCUACCAACACACCCGCAGAAGACAUUAACUCCCUACCCCGUACCUUCGCCCAAACCCUAAGCCUAAACAACAACACACAACAACAACAACUAACCCCCUCCCCCCAACCCCCUUCAGACCCCUGGCCCACCGAAGCCCACCAACCACCCCCCUACCCAAUCGCCUACCUCUCCGACGCCGAGUUCGAGACCCUAGACCCGACCCCCGCGCCCAGCAUCCCGCAAAACACGCGCCUGGUCGACGUCAACGACGACGACGCCGCCGCCAAAGGCGGCAAGGAAGACCGCGAAGUCUUCGAGUCCGCCAUGGACGCCGCCUUCCAGCGCUUCGCCGACCGAUUAGCGCAGAACCCCGAACAGGCCAUCCGGUACGAGUUCGGCGGGCAGCCGCUGCUGUACUCGAAGACGGAUGCCGUGGGGAGGCUGUUUGCGGCGCCUGGGACCGGGGCGGGGGCGACUGCGGCGAAGGGGUUGCCGCGGUGUGGGAAUUGUGGUUCUGCGCGCACUUUUGAGGUGCAGAUGACGCCGCAUGCGAUUACGGAGUUGGAGGCUGAGGAGUUGUCUCUUGAAGGUAUGGAUUGGGGUACUGUUAUUGUUGGGGUGUGCGAGAAAGACUGUCAGGCUCGUGGUGUGUCCGAGGGCGAAGUGGGAUACCUCGAGGAAUGGGCUGGUGUGCAGUGGGAGGAAUUAACUGCUACGGGUGCUCGACGAUAGUAGGCGAGUUGAUGAGCGUUACGUGUCUAUGUAGUGAGUAUGGUAUGAGGGAAAGGAGAAGGGGAAAAGCAAGUGUUUGUGGAUGGUGGAGAACUGCAGAGAAGGAUUAAUUGAGACCGAAGAGACUAAGCAUAUCUCUUCAUGCUAUUCCCUGCUCCUACUAGACCAAAACCCUCAAUAAUCUAGCUGCAUUGCUUCGGUGGAUAUCAAAGUCUAACCAUUAAAUAGACAAUUUUGUAGUGUGAGGGACAAGGGUAAUGAGACUACGUAAUGAAAAGGAAAGAUGCAUUA